CAUGGACUUUCCUUGCCUGGCCUGGCCUGCGGCGUUUUGGACUGAAGCGCAUGCAUGGCGGAAGCAGACUGAGAUGCUAAAUGAGCGCGGCUCACCGUCCGAGUGGAAUUCAACACAAUACAAUAAAAGAGAGAGAGAGAGCACAGCAAAAGCAACAAACCAAACUAUAAUUCACCUCGGCACACGCGAGGCAGCGAAUCCCCACGUUGCUGGCUCCCUUUCGUUUGUUUGUUCUUGUCGCGGUGUUCUCGGGGCUUGUGUGAACUGGGCUCGGAUUUCUCGUCGGCAUCUCGAAGUUGUGUGCAGCUCUUGGUUUGUGUGUGUUGUGGGUCAGGCAUGUUAGGGUUCCAUCGUCAUUGUUGUCGUGCAGCUUAGUAGGUGUGGGCUUUGAAGGGAGGCAGAGGAGUAGAGCGGAGGUAGAACUCGUUAAUUUUGCUGGGGUCGUGGAAUUUGAUGCGGGGGAUGUAUUAGAAGAAAUUUGAAUGGCGAUGGGGGUGUUGGUGGGGUGGUGUGGGUAUGGCUCCUGCAGGAGGUGCUGAUUUGGGUUGGUGAUUCGCGUAGAGGUGUAGCUCGGAGAUGUGGCUGUUGCGGAGUUUUUGAGUGGAUAUAGUGUAGUUUUUCGUGCGGACAAAAUGUAGUUUUACUUGCGCACAAUUUAGAUGUGUUGCGUGUGGAGAGGGGGAAAGUGUUGCUGGAGUAUUAACUUGGAGCUGUUUGGUGCGGGCGGAUGGGGUGGGAGAGAGUCACAACGUGGGCUGUGGAGUCUGUGAUCUGCGUUUAAGGCUGUGAAUUGCUUAAGGGGGAGCGAUCUUUGCUCUUGGAUUUUUGUGAGCUCUCGCGAUCCGGUGUAUACGGUGCUGAAUUUUGAGCAGAAUUUGUGACGGUGUUGGUUUUGAUCGGGAUGCUUGGGGACGGUUAAAUUUGGCGAAGGUGGUGGGGUGGUGAGAUCGUGGACUGUAGUUUGGGUGGUGCGUUUGCGCCAUCUUCCAAUGAAAUAGGUGUAGAGCGGGAGAUAAUUUAUUCAGAAUGGCAGAUCUUAAAGCAAGACUGUUGCCGCCUCGGCCACCAGGUGCAGCUGGCCCAUCGGAGGGGAUUUCUAAGAGGCCGGAGACGUUGAAGCGGCCGUUAUUCCAAGGUAUGGAAGGGGUGUCGCUGAAGAAACGCGGCCAUGGAGUGCGGUCUUGGAUCCGAAUCGAUCCUUCAGGGAAUACUCAAAUCCUAGAGGUAGACAAAGCCUCGUUAAUGCGACGUUGUGAUCUCCCCGCAAGGGAUUUGCGUCUCCUUGACCCACUUUUUGUGUACCCGAGCACAAUCCUUGGGCGCGAGCGAGCCAUCGUGGUCAACUUGGAACAGAUUCGAUGCAUUAUCACUGCCGAUGAGAUUCUCUUGCUUAAUUCUAUCGAUAGUUAUGUGCUGCAGUAUGUGACUGAGCUGCAGCGUCGGCUGUUUAUGAAGAAUCGGUCUGAUAUUGCCAGCCUCAAGUGGAGCCAAUCGCCCGUUGAUUAUACACUUUCUGGGGCUGCGAACGGUUUCGAUGUGCCACUUCUUAUGAGUUCGGAUGAGCGGAAACAGACGUUGCAUGAUGGGGAUAUGUUUAGUGGCUCUUCGGCUGAUGACCUUCCCUUUGAGUUUCAAGCUCUUGAAGUCGCUCUCGAGGCUGCUUGCACGUUUUUAGAUGCCCAGGCUAUAGAGUUGGAACAGGAGGUCUAUCCAGUUCUUGACGAACUAACUACCAAGAUCAGCACACUUAAUCUUGAGCAUGUCCGUCGGUUGAAGAGUCGUCUUGUAGCUCUAACAAGGCGUGUGAAAAAAGUGCGAGAUGAAAUCGAACAACUUAUGGACGAUGACAGUGACAUGGCAGAGAUGUAUCUAACAGAAAAGAAGGAGCAGCAUGCAGAGUAUGCCUUUUUCGACCAAAAGCUUGGCUCACAUUUGAGCUUUAACUAUGUUGGAGCAGGGGGUUCAAUGUCGGCUCCUGUUUCCCCUGUCGGUUCUCCAGUUGGAUCGACAUAUCAUUCUUCUGUGGAUAGACGUUUAGAGAAGAGCUUAAGUCAAAAGUCGAGGCAUGAUAGUAUGAGUAGUUCCAGAGUAACUGGAGUGGAGGAGCUGGAGAUGCUUUUGGAAGCAUACUUUGUUGUCAUAGAUGGAACUCUGAACAAGUUAACUUCGUUGAAGGAGUAUAUAGAUGACACUGAGGACUUCAUCAACAUACAGCUGGACAAUGUGCGGAAUCAGCUGAUCCAAUUUGAGCUUUUGCUCACAACAGCAACAUUUGUGUUGGCCAUCUAUAGUGUGGUGGCAGGUGUGUUUGGAAUGAAUAUUCCAAUAGCCUUGUUUGAUGAACCAGAGUCCUUUAAAUGGGUUCUGAUUAUUUCUGGGGUUGGUGGCUUCCUAAUUUUCAUAGCAUUUUUAUGGUUCUUCAAGCAAAAGCGCUUGAUGCCUUUGUAGUCAUUGUAUUCUUACGUCGUUUAGUAUUUUUGUAAAAGUGUGAGAAGUGUUCUCUAAUUUCUGGAGACACCUUGAGCAGAUUUAACUUGUUCAAAGGUACUCGUGAACUCGUUUGUAGAGUUAUUCUGUGCGCUCUACGCUUCAAAUUACUUGAAAUAGCGCAUCCCAGUAUCAUAGAGAUAGAACCAUUACACGUUCCACAUUUCUUUGUUAAUACCAAAGGCACAUUUGUCAAGAAAACAUAGAUUCAGGUUGAGGAAAGUCUCGUAUUUUUAAAAGUCUUUACUUUACAUAAAAACUCUUGCUGAACCCUUAUAUCGGAGGGCCAAGCUAUUUUUUUCCAAUGGUUGGGAAUUGAAGUUCGAUUGUAGUUUUGUCAA